AUGGACAGUCUAGCGAUCUACUUACCAACACCACACACCGCAAAUACCUCCGCUGCGAUACCAUAUGAAUACCAGCCGAGGACCUCACGAUGGCUGGUCGGGGUGGUGUCUUCGCCCGCAUACCGCGGGGGCCCCUGCUCAACGCCCUUGUCGGACGCAGGAGAUGUGAAGGCAGCCAGAAUCUACGCGAGCAUGAAGGAGGAAGAAGAAGGUGAAGAGUGGAAGAGCCCAGCUCCCCUGCCAUGA